AUGUCGGGCGGCACAGCGAGUACGGGCGCGCCACAGUCGCCCGACAUCGCCGGCCCGCCUUCUCGGCCGCCUGAAAAAAGAUCCGUCUCGUUCAAGGGCAACGCCGAACCAGACGCCAACUCAGCGUCGCCCGUCAAGGGUUUGGGCCCGCUACAGGGCGAUGAGACUCCCCGAAUCGAACCCCGCCUUGUAGCCGGCCAAAGCGGCCCUGAGAAACCCGCCGAACCGGACUUCAGGGAUGCGCAACGGCAGUUGAACGAGUACCGCGAGACCCUGGCCCGCCAGAUUGAACGGCGAGAGUUACCUGCAAGAGGAGGCCAACCCCCUGCACCCGAGCCGACGAGGGUCUCUCCCAUCAUGGAGGAGACUUCGCCUCCGUCGCAACCAGCGUCGUCCGAAUCGGAACCAAAGUCCUCGGCCGGAUCCGGGAAUACCGUUCGAGGGUCAGCCACUACGCCUGGUGUGGCAGCUGGGACACCUUCGUACCCGUUCCCGCGCAUGUCAUCCCAGAGCUUUCUGCCUUCUUCGGUUCACCGUCCGUUCACCACCCUCUCCCCGACCGCGCCCCCUGAAAGAAAUCGCCUGUCGUACGAAUCCUUCAAGGGCCGUGACAGCGUCGUCUCGAACCCCUCCACGCCGGCCUCGGCUAUGACCUUUUUGCCACCUGGAUGCCGCGCUUCUGAGGCCGACUUGUGUAGUGACUAUCCGAGCCCAAACCUGUACGAAUUGUCCCUCAUGCUCUCGGCCGAGCCAGGACUCGAUCCGUGGUGGCAUACCGUUGUGCAGAUCAUGGUCGAGGUAUACAAGGCCGAGAGGGUGACGCUUGCGGUUCCUGCCGACUCGACAGAUAUCGAGAACGUCCCGUGGGGUCAGAAAGCUACUUACAACGCUCAUCGCGAGGACAACCUGAGUCUUGGCUAUCUAGCGCGAGGCUCAAGUCUCAUUCCGAGCAGCACUGAAGUUUCUGAUGAUUUUUCUCAAGUUGCAGAGACGCCCAAACCAGAACCUGCGCGGCCCGCGCUGCAGAGUAGGCAUUCCUUCACGUCAUACGAAGAAAAAGUGGAGAGAAGGACGGCGAGGAACGAGCAAACACCCUACUCACUCCGUCGGCCUUAUCAGCUGCCCAGGAGUAAAUCCAGCUACCCUACUACAACGUUUAACCAUGAUACCGCUAGUGACGAGGACGACAAUGCCACCAACCUAAACCGACAGGCCUUGGAGGAACACGAUGCGUUGGAGGAACGUCGGGCCAUUCCGAGCUGGGAGGUUCCGUUCACAGCGCCGAGGGAGGGUCAUGGAAAAGUGCUGAAUGUGCUCCAGGCACUUGACUACGAGGCCGACCCGCUGAUUGACCACAACGGCGUUCUACGCAUAUUAGAGCGUGGCCGCGUGGUUGCACUAACCAGGACCUACCCCUAUCUUGGCCAGUCUUCGACCGAGAGCAAGCCUUCCGAGGCUCGGUCUGGUGCUCCUACCGCCAAGUCGCCCGAGGGGCCGAGAAAGCGGUUGAGAAGAUCGCGGGCGGAUUCCUUGUCAAAGCUCUCUUCGCUACUCGGCAGCGCGACUCUUUCCCCCAGUGCUCACCGGGCUGCCAGGGGCCAAGCACAAGAUAAGAAGGCGGGCCGGAUGGAGGAUGAGGCCCCCAAACCACCCAGUCCCCGGUACGAAGAGUACGAGCAAGCCCCACCCUCACCGUGGUCGCAAUCGCCAGCCCCUUCUCCUGCCGUGCGUGCUGAUUCCGCCGAAAAUCCCUUUUUUACCGACGCUAUGGUCGACGAGGAGUCAUUUAACCCGGCCUCCGGCUCACAGGAUUAUUCAGCCAUGCAGCCGCCUGAGGCCAUAGGUGUUGACAAUUCCUGGACGGUGCUACACAUCCCUUUGACACAUGUGCUCCUGUCAAAGCCGAAUCCUACUUUCAAGCUCGAUCAUACUCUGAUGGAGAAGAAGCUGUCGACGCGGGGCAAGGGCGGAGAUGCUUCCAGUGUCACGAAUCCGUCCCCAGAGCGCGCCGUCAAGGAGAAGCACGCGCCGAUAGCCAUUCUGUCAAUACUAAGUCCCAUCAUUCCAUAUCCUUCCACCCUCCGCCACUCCUUGGAGCAUCUCGCUCCCCAUCUCGCCACCUCUUUCUCCCUUUGCCGUCACUACACCAAUUUGGAAACCGAGUUGAACGGAUUGCAGAAGCGAAGACCACAGACAGCAGGCUUUGGCGCUCUUGGACCUGACGGUCGCCCGCUGGCUGACCCCGCCGCGCUCGCUUCGCUGGGAUAUUUCCCUGCCGAAGAGGCCGCAUCCAGGGAUUCCUUGGCUGGUAGCAUGACCAGCCCGAGUGAUGUUUCUGGCCCUUCCCGCAGCGCUCUUGGCUCUCCGAGCGGGACACCUCACUGGGAGCAGCCUUCCCUCGGGUUCGUCAUGGACAAGCGGACAACUACCAGCCCGGCCUUGAUUAGCGGCGGCGAUAGCUAUUUCAGUUCCGUGCCGCAGAAUGGGGCGGCCGGCGGUGGCCAGCGAGCGAGGAGGAACUCGCGAGACUUGUCCGCUGCUGGCGAGAAAAGGCUUUCGCUGCGUUUAUCAGCGGGGAAGCCACUGCAGAAAAUCGACACAUCUUCACAUAGCCCUGCCGCCGCCGAGCCCCAAAGCAGCACUGACUUGGGCGCUCAGGAUUUGGAAGAGCUGCUCCCUAACAGUAGCCAGCAGAGACGCCCCGGGUCGAGGGAACAGAAAGACCAGGCAGUUGCCGAGAAGGGCGCUACUACGGUGUCUCAGACCGCUGGGAGCGAGGGCCAAAAGAAAUCAACUGCUCCCCCAUCUAACGCGGCUCGCCAACGUCAUACGCAGCUACAUUCAUACGGCGCUGACUUUGCCUCCACGUUCCAGUCCCUACCCCCUAGCUCCACGAUUAGCAGAGGCUCUCAACCCCUGCCGCCCUCGAGAACCGGAUCGAUUGCGACAGCUGAAAUGACGCCACCCUCUGACAAACUUAAAGGACUCAUCCUCGACUCAUUACCAGCUCACGUCUUCGUCGCCCUUCCUCAGACUGGUGAAAUUGUGUGGGUCAACAGCCGGUUUCUCACAUAUCGUGGACAAACAUCAGGGGACCUCGCAGCUGACCCCUGGGGAAGCAUUCAUCCCGACGACAGGGAAGAAUACCUUCGCGCCUGGAGCCAGUGCGUCAGGACCGGGGAGCAAUUCUCCAGGACAGUGCGCAUCAGGCGAUUUGACGGAGCUUACAGGUGGUUCUAUGCUCGUGCAGUUGCCUCCAAGGACAAAAGAGGUGUCAUUCUGCAGUUCCUCGGCUCGUACAUGGACAUUCACGACCAGCACAUUGCCGAGCUCAGGGCAGCGCGACAGGAAGAAAUCGAGGCAUCCGAGGCUAAACACCGCCUGCUCGCCAACUUGAUACCGCAGAUCAUUUUCACUGCCACCGAGGACGAAGGCAUCACCUUUGCAAACGAGCAGUGGCUAUCGUACACGGGCCAAGGUUUCUCUGAUGCUCUCGGGCUUGGCUUCAUGGAUUACGUUCAUCCGGAUGACCUGGCAAAGUGCCGUAUCCCCGUUGACAGUCCUCCCAGCCCCGACCAGCAAGAUGGCCCGAACCGCCACGGACACAGGCCUUCGGUUGACAACAAAGCCGGGAGACCUGCUGUCUCGCAAAACAGCAGCUUUGGCACCGACAGCGACACCGGCUCGACGAACGAUCCUUUGACCGCGAAUCUUACAGAGCUUGCUAAGAAGGGUGUGAUUAAGGUCUCUAGAGACAGUAGCGGGCGGCUCUCGUACACGACUGAAAUACGGCUGCGAUCCAAGAGCGGCGAGUACCGAUGGCAUCUCAUCCGGUGCGUCGAGAUAGACAAUGUCGACUUCGGCAACGGCGCCAGCUCGUAUUUCGGAUCUGCCACCGAUAUUAACGACCUGAAGCUGCUUGAGACCAAACUGAAAGAGGCCAUGGACUCCAAGGGCCGCUUCCUCAGCAACAUGUCACACGAGAUACGGACACCGCUCAUCGGCAUUUCCGGCAUGGUCAGCUUCCUGCAGGAUACCACGCUCAACGAGGAGCAGCGAGACUACACAAACACAAUCCAGACGAGCGCCAGCAGCCUGCUCAUGAUCAUCAACGAUAUCCUCGACCUCUCCAAGGUGGACGCCGGCAUGAUGAAGUUGAGCUACGAGUGGUUCCACACACGCUCCCUCAUCGAGGAUGUAAAUGAGCUCGUGUCUACCAUGGCCAUAGCCAAGCGCCUGGAGCUGAACUACGUGGUGGAGGAAGAUGUGCCGGCGUGGGUCAAGGGUGACAGAGUCCGGAUCCGCCAGGUGCUGCUCAACGUCAUUGGCAACGCCAUCAAAUUCACAAACCAGGGCGAGGUAUUCAGCAGGUGCAAGGUUAUUACACCCAAGGACGUGGCACUCCGACCGGAUGAAAUCAUGCUGGAGUUCUCCAUUAUCGACACGGGUAGAGGUUUCACCAAGGCAGAGGCCGAGCUGAUCUUCAAACCGUUUAGCCAGAUCGAUGGGAGCAGUACCCGGCAGCAUGGUGGCAGUGGGCUGGGCUUGGUCAUUUCACGCCAGCUGGUCGAGCUCCACGGAGGUAAGAUGGAAGGGACCGCUGUCCUGGGUAAAGGCUCGACAUUCACCUUCACGGCCAAAUUUGGCCUUCCAACAGUGCACGACCGCCCGGAUGACUCGGCUGCUGCUCAGCCGACUCCUGGCUUGGUGCGAGAAACGCCUAUUAGCCCCAUGGAGUGUCCUCCUGUUCCUGGAUACCAUCCUGUGGCUUCCGAGAGUCCCUCAACCACGGACCAUGAGUUCAGAUCCCCAGCUACGCUCUCUAGCGUCAGCUCGGAGCAAUCAGCCUCCUCCAGCCACACGCGCGCGACGGACCGAUCGUCUGAGUCGACGGUGAGCGCCGGACUUGUCCGCUUCAGCCAGGCGGCGCGCGCAAGCGGACAAGACUUGUCUCAAAUGAAGCUCGAGAUGCGUCCCAACAAAAUGUUGCCUGGGACGCUGCCCUCCAGCAGCAACGGACAGACUCCUACCCCGGUGCCCCCGCCCAUGUACUCGAUCCUAAUCAUCUGCCCACAAAAACACAGCCGGGAAGCCACAACCAAGCAUAUUGAGAUGACUCUUCCCAAGCACAUCCCCCAUCAGAUUACGGCCGUCGCCUCGGUGCAGGAAGCGAAUGCCUACCUCGACGGCGAGGACGCCGUCCGCUUCACGCACAUCGUCGUCAACCUCCCGUCCCCGGAGGAGAUCAUCAGCCUCAUGGACAAGCUCAUGACGAGUUACUCGACGACCGUGGGCAAGACGACGACGAUGCUGAUUCUGUCGGACUCGGUGCAGCGGCAGGCCGUGUCCAAGGCCGUGGCCGGCACGAAAUACGAGGAGAUACUCUCGGAGCACAAGGUCACGUACAUUUACAAGCCCGUCAAGCCGUCGCGCUUCGCCGUCAUAUUUGACCCGGGCAAGGAGCGCGACCAGAGCAUCGACCACAACCGGUCCACGGCCCAAAGGCUGGUCGAGGACCAGCGCCAGAGCUACGCCGACAUGGAGAAGCGCCUCGCCGGCAAAGGAUACAAGGUCCUUCUGGUCGAGGACAACCCCGUCAACCAGAAGGUCCUGCAAAAGUACCUGCGCAGAGUGGGCGUCGAGGUGGAGCUCGCGGCUGACGGGGUUGAGUGCACCGAUAUGGUCUUUGAGCGGGGGUGGGGGUAUUACUCGUUAAUCUUGUGCGAUCUCCACAUGCCGCGCAAGGACGGCUACCAGGCCUGUCGAGAGAUUAGGGCGUGGGAGGCUCAGGGAGGGUUCGGCUCCCUGCCCAUCAUCGCCCUCUCGGCCAACGUCAUGUCGGACGUUCAGGAGAAGUGCGUCGAGGCGGGCUUCAACGAUUACGUCACCAAGCCGGUCGACUUCAUCGACCUGAGCAGGGCGCUAUCAAAGUUUUUCUAA